CCGAGCGCUCCCUCCGUCAAAAUCCGCCCUCUGUCUCACGGAGAGGACUUUAAACACAUCUUCAUACUUUCAUAUAAACUCUCAGGGGUUGUUUAUGUGAGCGCUUCUGCUCUUAAGGUGUUUUCCUGACGGGGGUCGCGCGCUUCAGGAGGAGUUUACCCACAGAGAGUUAAGAUGCAGCGCAAACAGGAAGCUGAUGGAUGUGAGGAGGAGGAUCAAUGAUGCUGCCCGCUGCCACACAACCAGCAACACACAGUCACGUGAGGCAGCUGAGCAGAUUUCACCUGAACACUCCUGAGGAGGACGAUGAGACCAUGAGCUCCGAGGACCCAAACCCUCACCCUGUCUCCUCCCAUCGGGACCCAAACCCUCACCCCCAUCGGGACCAUGACCCUCACCCUGUCUCCUCCCAUCGGGACCCAAACCCUCACCCCCAUCUGGACCAUGACCCUCAGCCUGUCUCCUUCCAUCGGGACCAUACCCCUCACCCUGUCUCCUCCCAUCGAGACCCAAACCCUCACCCUGUCUCCUCCCAUCGGGACCCAAACCCUCACCCCCAUCUGGACCAUGACCCUCACCCUGUCUCCUCCCAUCGGGACCCAAACCCUCACCCCCAUCGGGACCAUAACCCUCACCUUGUCUCCCCCCAUCGGGACCCAAACCCUCACCCUGUCUCCCCCGGUUCCUCCCUCUCCAGCACCCAGAGGCAGGACCUGAAACACAGCCUCCCCCCUGCUGGUUUCUGCUGCUACCAGCCCGCCGGAUACGGCCUCAGCCAGCCCACGCCCUUCCCCAGCCAGACGCACCCCCCCGCCGCCUGGCUGCACCCCAGUUUCUCCAGCAGCUGGUCGGGGGGGUACCCCAGCAGCGGCUCCUCCCCAGCAGAGAGCUUCCUGUCUGGGUACAAGUUGGUGUCCAGCAGCCUGGAGCAGCCUUUGUCUCUGUGCUCCAACCCCCCCUCUGGGAACCUGUUCCACCACACGCUGUCUCCGUACUCCUGCGCUCCACCGGGGGCCGCCUGCUUCGCCCAGUUACCCCCCGACCCCUUCAGGGGCCCCAAGCCCUGGCCCCCCCCCCAACACCCUGCAUACAACCCCUACUACCCUGACUCCAGCAGACCUCCUGGAGCCGGAUUCUCUCACAUAGACUACAUGGCCCCCGCUAAACAGAAGCAGCCUCACAACACGUCGCUGUCUCUGGAGCAGAGGAGGGUCUUCGUCACGUAUGAAGCGGACAACGAUAAACACGUGAACGAGAUCAUAAACUUUGUGGCUCUGCUGCGACACAACGGCUUCGACACACACAUCGAUAUCUUUGAGCAGCAGUUCAGGAGCAUCAGUAAGAUCGACUUCAUGGAGCGCUACCUCAGUGAGAAAGAGUACCUGAUCAUCAUCAUCAUCAGUCCCAAAUACUACGAGACGGUGACGUCCUCAGUGGGGGGGCUGGAGAGCGACGAGAGGACCUUCAACACCGUCUACAUCCACAAACAGCUCCAGAAUGAGUUCAUCCAGAACGGCAGCAAGAACUUCAGGUUUAUUCCCAUCGUGUUCCCCGGGGCGAAAAAG